GGGGGCCCGCGUUUUUUCCUCGGACAUGAGCCAUGCAGCACGCGCAUCGCCUCUACUCGGCGCUGCUGAACCACAACGUCUCCGCGGCCCUCGAGGCGGUGAACGCGGCCAGGGGCGAGGAGGAGCUGCGCAUGAACCGAGGCGGCCUCACGGCCUUGCACUGGGCGGCCAGCGGAAGCGCGGAGGUGUGCCUCGCGCUGCUGGAGUGCCCCUUCUUCACCCAAGCGGAGGACUUGGACCUGCAGGGCCGCACGGCCUUGCACGUGGCGGCCCAGGAGAACCGAGGGGAGGUGUGCUUCGUGCUGCUGGAGCACCGCUUCUUCCGCAAGCCGGAGGCGCAGGACUUCCAGGGUCGCACCGCCCUGCACCUCGCGGCGGAGUUCGGCGGCUACGGCGCCUGCGAGGUCCUGGUGCAGCAUCGGAGGUUUCAGUGCUUGGACGCCCGGGAGCAGGCAUCCAGGCCUCGCUCGCGUUUUCUCCUUCGCGAGGACGGCAUGACGGCCAUGCACCUCGCCGCGUCACGAGGACACGUGCAGGUGUGCAAGCUCUUGCUGCAGUAUCCGGUCUUCGCCCAGAAUCUGCAGCCAGAUCACUUCGGGCGCACUGUGCAGGCCAUGGUCUGCUUGGCCGAGGACCCGCCAGAGGGCUGGCAGCAGCGGGCGCAGCGCGCCUCGCGGCUGGAUCAGCUACGCCAGCUCUGCCGCGGAAAAGAGGAGGAGCCCGCGGACAAGGAACGGCUGCAGGAGCUGGCUGACCGAGCCACGAGGCUGGCGGCCUGGACGGCGCAGCCCUUCGAGCCGGAGGCACCGCGAGGCUCGCAGGAGACGAGCCUUCAGACGGCAGUCAAGGCCGCCCAAGGCGCCCGCAAGUUCUUGGACUCCCCGCGCUUGCAGCGCGGACGCUCGCAACGGGCGCGCAGCCCUGCGCAGGCGGCGCUGCGGCGCUUGCAGCAGAUGCGGCACUUGGGCGCCCAGCUGGCAGCGUUGCGAGAGGGGAAGCCUCUUGAAGCGAGCGCUGCGAGCGCAGCGGAGCCGGCAGCGGCAGUUCCCAGCGAGGAGCCGGAGGCCGAAAGCGUGGUGAGAGAAGUGGAGGCCAACGACGAGUCCAAAGAGACGAAUGAAGUGGCAGAUGAGGCCAAUGAUCCCAAAGCUGACUCCACUGGCACUGGGCUCAAAGACGGAAGCAAAGAUUGGACCGAAGAUCGGGCGAAAGAUGGGGCCAAAGAGGCAAAAGACGAAGCUAAGCCGCCUGAGGCCCAAGCUGAGGCGGAUGAUGAGCUCAAAGAUCCGGCCACAGUUGAUCCCGUGGCCGAAGGCAGGACCAACGAUGAGGCAGCCAAAGGUGGGCCUGAAGGGACCGAGGCAGGCAAAGAGGGGUUCACAGGGGCGAAAGAGAUCAAAGAGGCCGAAGAGACACUUGCCGAAGACGGGGCCAAAGAUGUCCCACUGAAGUCUUCCGAAGUGCCGGCACAGCAAGCCGAAGACAGCGAGGCACCAGAGAGCGGCCAGCAAGCCACAGCGCCCGGGUCCAGGUCGCCCGAGGCCGCGGCCGCGGAGGCCCAAGACGAGGGCAAAGAGGUCAGAGAGAAGGCCAAAGAUGAGGUCAGAGGGACCAAAGAUGAGGCCACCGAUCAGGCCAACCUUGACUCAGGGACCAAAGAUGGGCUGAAAGAUGGGGCCAAAGGGUCCGCAGGGAAGGAUGCGAAGAACGAGACAGCGGACGGGACCAAAGAUGUCCCGAGGACGUCAUCCGAAGUGAAAGGGGCCAAAGAUGCCCAUGGAGGAGCUGGCAAGGUGCAAGAGCUGAAGGCGGAGGCGGCCGCCCACGGGGCCAAAGAAGUCCCGGCGGAGGGAAAGACCGAAGCCGGCGCCGCCAAUGACCAGAGCGCGCCAGCGCAAGAAGCCAAAGCCAGUGAGGCAAAAGGCCGCAGACAACGAGCCCGGAAGCCCGUGAGCGCCUUCAGAUGACGAGAAGAGCGGCCAGAG